AUGCAGGAAUUGGGAACUGCCCAAGUUGCCAAGGUCACUGGUGGAGCUGCUUCCAAGCUAUCAAGAAUCCGAGUGCUGCGCAAGUCUAUCGCCCGAGUCCUGACAGUGAUCCACCAGACCCAGAAGGAGAACCUCUGUAAAUACUACAGGGACAAGCCCCACAAGCCCAAGGACCUCCGCCCCAAGAAGACAUGCGCUUUGAGGCGUGCCUUUAACCCGUUCCAGUUGUUAAUUAAGACUGCUAAACAGCAGAGAAAAGAACGUCUGUACCCAAUGAGGAAUUUUGCUGUCAAAGCGUAGUUGUGACUUGCAUAAAAGAGAAAAAAAUACAA